GACCGACUUGUCAGAGCCCUCUCUCCUCACUACACCCUCAGCUGAAUGAACAGCCUCCUACAUUCAGCGCAGGGGGAUCUGCUCUCCGCUCCCAACCCGCAUCCUCUGCGCCUGUCUGCCCUCUUGACAGCCUCCCGGGAUUAUUAUUACCGAGCGGUAAACAGUUUCCUCCCACAGAACCCCGAAGACCAUGCCCCCCAGAUAGCAGUCUCGUCAUCUUUUCCACUCCCCCUUUCCCUUGCCCCUUGGCCCCUUCCUCUACAUUCCUGGUCCAGCAUCACCACUGCCAGCUUCACCCGCGUCGCCACCAUGCCUCCCAGGAAGAGGACGCGGGCGGGCCUGGGCUUCCUGUGCUGCUUCGGCAGCAGCGAGCCCCUGGAGAUCAACCUAAAGGACACUGUGCCGCUGCAGCUGCUGGAGUUCAGCUCCCCUAUGCCACCUGCAGAGGAGCUGCAUGCACGCUUCUCUGAACUGGUGGAUGAACUGGACUUGACUGACAAGAACAGAGAGGCCAUGUUUGCGCUGCCCGAUGAGAAGAAAUGGCAGAUCUAUUGCAGCAAGAAGAAGGAGCAAGAGGACCCCAACAAGCUGGCCACCAGCUGGCCCGACUACUACAUAGACCGCAUUAACUCCAUGGCGGCUAUGCAGACAUUGUUCGCCUUCGAUGAGGAGGAAAUGGAAAUGCGGAACAAGGUGGUGGAAGAUCUGAAGACUGCCCUCCGAACUCAGCCAAUGAGGUUCGUCACACGGUUCAUCGAACUCGACGGACUCACCUGCCUGCUGAAUUUCAUGCGCAGCAUGGACUACGACACGUCAGAGAGCCGCAUCCACACUUCGGUCAUCGGCUGCAUCAAGGCCCUGAUGAACAACUCUCAGGGACGCGCGCACGUCUUGGCCCACCCUCAGAGCAUCAACACCAUCUCUCAGAGCCUGCGGACGGAGAACAUUAAAACCAAAGUGGCGGUGCUGGAGAUUCUCGGGGCCGUUUGCUUGGUGCCCGACGGACACAAGAAGGUGCUGCAGGCCAUGGCGCAUUACCAGAAAUACGCUGCAGAGAGAACUCGAUUCCAGACACUCCUGAAUGAGCUGGACAGAAGCACCGGCCGCUACAGGGACGAGGUCAACCUGAAGACGGCAAUCAUGUCCUUCAUCAACGCGGUGCUCAACGCUGGAGCUGGAGAGGACAACCUGGAGUUUCGUCUCCACCUGAGGUACGAGUUCCUGAUGUUGGGCAUUCAGCCGGUCAUCGAUAAGCUGAGAGAGCACGAUAACGCCACUCUGGACAGACAUUUAGACUUCUUUGAGAUGGUGAGAAAUGAAGACGACUCUGAGCUGGCCAAAAGAUUCGAUAUGACCCACGUAGACACAAAGAGUGCUGGUGCCAUGUUUGAGCUGAUCAAGAAGAAACUGAGCCACACGGAUUCCUACCCACAUCUCCUCUCAAUCCUUCAGCAUUGCCUGCAGAUGCCCUAUAAACGUGGAGGUUGCAGCCUGCAGCACUGGCAGCUUUUAGACAGGAUCCUUCAGCAGAUCGUCCUGCAAGACGAAAAGGGAGAGGAUCCCGACGUCUCCCCGCUCGACAACUUCAGUGUUAAGAACAUCAUUCGCAUGCUGGUCAAUGAAAACGAGGUAAAACUGUGGCGAGAACAGGCCGAGAAGUUCAGGAAAGACCAUGCAGAGCUACUGGCUAAACUGGAGAGGAAAGAGAGGGAGUGUGAGACAAAGACCCAGGAGAAGGAGGACAUGAUGAAGACUCUGAACAAGAUGAAGGACAAGCUGCAACGCGAGGGUGUGGAACUGCGUUCGGCCAGAGAGCAAGUGCUUGACCUGUCGUCACGCAUCAAUGACUUCUCACAGGGCAGCAGUGUCUCCAUGUUGCCUCCCCCUCCGCCUCCUGGAGCGCCAGUGCCUCCACCUCCACCUAUGUCAGGCGGCUUUCCUCCACCACCGCCUCCACUGCCGUUCAGCUGCCCGCCUCCACCGCCACCACCUCCUCCGCCGGGGGGACCUCCUCCUCCACCUGGGGCCCCUCCUCUUUUUGGAGCACCGCCCCCUCCCAUCCCCUCGUCGUUCAACUCUAUGAACACGAUGCGGUCAAAGUCCAUCCCUCAGCCUUCUCAUCCACUAAAGUCCUUCAACUGGAGCAAAUUAGGAGAGAAUAUGAUCAACGGCACCAUCUGGAAUGAUAUUGACGACCUGAGGGCAUUCAAGAUUCUGGACCUGAAGGACAUAGAGAAGAUGUUCUCAGCGUAUCAGAGACAGCAGGACCUGCUAACUAACCAAUCCUUCAAACAGAAAGAGACGGGCUCUAUGGAUGACAUCUACGUCAGCACGCGGAAGGUCAAAGAGCUGUCGGUCAUCGACGGCAGACGGGCUCAGAACUGCGUCAUCUUGCUUUCAAAGUUGAAAAUGACCAAUGAAGAAAUCAAAAGGGCCAUCCUAGAGAUGGAUGAGAGAGAGGAGCUAGCCAAAGACAUGUUGGAGCAGCUGCUUAAAUUUGUCCCAGAGAAAAGCGACAUAGAUCUUUUAGAAGAGCACAAACAUGAGUUGGAGAGGAUGGCCCGAGCUGACCGCUUCCUCUACGAGAUGAGCAGGAUCGACCACUACCAGCACAGACUACAGGCUCUGUUCUUCAAGAAGAAGUUCGCAGAGCGUUUAGCUGAAACCAAGCCUAAGGUUGAAGCCAUCCUGAACGCCUCUGUGGAGGUGGUCCGGAGCAAGCGUCUGACUCAGGUCCUGGAGGUGGUGCUGGCCUUCGGAAACUUCAUGAACAAAGGCCAGCGGGGGAACGCCUUCGGGUUCAAGGUCUCCAGCCUGAACAAGAUCGUCGACACCAAGUCGAGCAUAGACAGGAAUAUCACCAUGUUGCACUACUUGAUCAUGAUCUUCGAGAAGAACUACCCCGACACGCUGUACAUCCAGGAAGACCUCAGGAGCGUGCAGGAAGCCGCCAAAGUCAAUUUGUCAGAGUUGGAGAAAGAAGUGCACAACAUCAAAAGCGGGCUGAAGGCUCUCGAGGCGGAGCUGCACUACCAGCAGAGCAGGACGAGGGAACGCGGGGACAAGUUUGUGGCUGUGAUCGGUGACUUCAUCACUGUGGCUGGGUUUAGCUUCUCUGAACUGGAGGACCAGCUGAGCGAAGCCAAGGAAAAGUUCACCAAAUCUCUGAAGCACUUUGGGGAGGACGAAGGGAGGAUGCAGCCCGACGAGUUCUUCGGGAUCUUCGACACCUUCUUGCAGUCGUUUAGCGAAGCUCGGCAGGACCUGGAGAACAUGCAGAGGCGCAAGGAGGAGGAAGAGCGGAGGGCACGGAUGGAGGCCAUGCUGAAGGAGCAGAGGGAGCGUGAGCGGCGGGCGAAGAAGGGCGGGGCCACGGAGGAGGUCGGCGGAGAGUUUGACGACCUCGUCUCUGCGUUACGCUCCGGCGAGGUCUUCGACAAGGACCUGAACAAAUUCAAGCGAAACCGGAAGCGCUCCGUCAACCAGCUAGUAGAAGGAGGCGGCCGGGAGAGGUCGGUCACUAAGGUGAACUACUAAGGUUGGGAAAAGGAAGUAGGUUUAAAAGCAAAAAACUUUCGAGAUCCGAAAUCUGCCAUGGCAUAGAUCGACUUUAGCCCAGAUCUUUGAACAGUCAUGGAGCAGACGUUGGACCGGACGUCUAGAGACAUGCAUGGACAGCUAUGCUGCCUCCAAGAGCGCAACACUCCCCUCUGAUUGUCGUUUUAAAGCUGCCUCCGCAGUUGGGACGGAAGGAUGGACAGACCACUGUGACACGUUGUCCCACGUCAUCUGACUAUCCAUUUAACACUGUGCUUCAGGUUCUCCUCGUUGAUCACUCCUGCUCUUCCUCAGAAACCUUCUCUGUUCCUCUGAGAGCUCUUUGGUGCUGAAGUUUGGUUGUCGGGAUCAGAACUCUGGGAUUAGACGGUCAUGUUGUACAUAGAUGCCAAAAGGAAACUUGUGAAGCUUGACAGGUUAGAUAAAAACAGAGAGAGAUGAUGGGGGGAGGGGGGGGGCUGUGAAAGCCAUUACUUUGACAGUCAUGGUGCUUUUUCCCUAAAAAAAAAACAAAAGAUUUCACAACAACAACAUGGAUCUGUGCUCCGAUGCUACAACAAUGAGUAUGGAGUCAAGAAAUCUGUUGCUAUAUGACAAAAGAUCCUUACAUGUGGCCUCUGACAGCACACUGCAUCCCCAAGAAGAUCCCGACCACACAUUUUCCAGGAAAAAAAAACUAAAACAAUGAUUGUGCCACAAGAAAUAAGCCUCGGCUACAUCUGUAAAUGGUUUCCAAAUCUUUCUGGCAUCAAGCAGUGCCAAAGCAGAGAGGAAACACCAAUGUAAAUGUAUUAACUCUAAAUAUUCUGCAAUUAGGCGUCAAUAUAUAUUUAUAUUUAGAUGCAGACAAGCUAAUUGCAAAGAUGUAGAAGAUUUUUUUUUUUUUUUUUAUGUUUCAGCCUUUUGGGAUUUUGUACACACAAUGCAUUCUUUGUUGGUGUUGCAGGUUCACGUUGUUGUUGAAGUGAAUUUCUUAAACAUGUUACGCUUGACGAAUAAGAGGUAACUGCUUGUCCUUUUUCACUCCUUCCUGUCUUGUUUGCACUGUGGCUUUUUAUGACGAGCGCUCCAAUGCAAACACUAGCCAACGAAAGCUGAUGAAGGAAUGCCAUAAACAAAUUUGACCCAAAAGAGUCACUCUUUAAUAAGUUUACAAUAGUGUCACUGCUUGUAGCCACAAAGGCUCAGAUCUGACUGUGCUGUUGUAUACUUCAUCAGUUUCAUCACUGAAUCACCAAUCUGUUUAUGUUUUAAUUUCAUACGCCAAUGUCAAACCUCACCUUUUUAAGGAGACUGUUUGUUCUUGUUCUUGUAAUAUUAGGGUACAUCAGGGCAGUGAGAAACAGUGUAAAUUGACUGGACACAAAGUGGACCCAGAGCUUCCCUACUUGCUUAUUGUGGGCAGCUGGUUGCCAAAACAAACCGUAGAAGCUAGUAUUAUUUGUUUUCCUAAGAUUGUCCAAUUUUCGUUUAUUUUUAUUAUUUUAUUUUAUUUGCAUAUGCAUUUCCAAAACUUCAGAAGCAGAAAUGAUGUUCGGGGCUGAAUUGAUUGCGAUAUGCUGAUCUAUCUCUUAAAGACCUGUAGGAGUUGGAUGCAAGGAAGGUUGUCACUCUUGAGGCUUAUAAGGUUAAUAAAUAAAAUCUUCAGAACUAAACACCUUGACAGAGAUAAACCACUUGAGAAAUCAUAAAAGUUCCUUGUUUUGUUGGAUCUAAAGUUUUAGAGGUGUCAAAGACUGCUCCUUGCUUGAAAAGCUAAAGACAUUGCAAAAGAAAUGCCGAUUCAGUUUGCAGGAGAACUGAAGAAGCUGUUUCCAUAGUAACCGUUAAAAUAAGCCCAAUCCACCUGUUUGCAUUGUGUUCAUGUUAUUGAGUCCAAGAGCAGUCGCAUAUCCCUCGUGAUGAACUACAAAACUAGACUAAACUGAGACAUGUCCGUCUGAACAAUAUUCUCACAUCUUAUCUGCUAAUUGUUUGUAAAUGUCGACCUUUAAGUGCCUCAAAUCCUGUUUUUUUGUUUUUUCCCCAACACCAAUCAUUCCUCUGUCUUUUAGUGCUUGUGACUUUGCAGAAACGUUUCCCAAGCCCAUGAACUGAAAGUGGGUUCAUGGUGACUGGCGCCAUCUUGUGGUGAAACAUGGUGCAAUGUCUUUGCAUUUCUGCCCAAGCUCCAGGUACUUAACAAUCGCCACAAAACAAAUUUGUUUUAUCUGUGACUGAUUGUAUAAUAUGUAGAUAACACCCCAUAGCUUUAAUUUAUCCAUAUUAAUUUUUUUUUUGUUUUUUUUUUUCACUGUGACACCUCACCAUAUAUUUAUAUUCAGACUAAAGAGAACCUGGUGUGAAGUUGAGACCCCGUAAGGAGGUGCGAUCUGUAGAGAUUAACCCUUAAACCAAAUUAUUUAGACACUUUAAAAUCAAAAAGAGGACUCAACUCUUCUUAAACCAGCAUCUUGAUGUAUUUUUGAGCUCUUCUCCUUUUUUUUUUUUUUAUCUUUGCCCGCUGUCCUCUCCCAGUUUGUCAGUACGAGAGACUUCAGCAGACCACUCUGAACUCUUCAUUCAGAGCUUUAUCCCAUACUGUAGUGCAUAAAAUUCACCGAGGGAUAUUUGAGAAGUUGUCAGUAUUAAUACAUGUUUGUGUUGUUACAUGUUUGGAUGUUUAUUUUGGCCAUUGACUGGCUGUUUUUGAAGUGUAAAGAUGGAAAUCCGAGGAAAGAAAUUAGUAGCUUGUUCAAUGCACUUUUUAUAAUGAUGAUGAUGAGGAUGAUGGGACAUUUCCAUUUGCAGAACCAGUUUGGAGGGCUCGGCUCCCUCUGAGGACAAUAGUGGUGCGGCAAAUAAGGGUUGCUAAAAGAAAGGUGUGUAGAGGAAAGACUGGAAAGUGAGACAGUCAGAGUGGCAGGAAUGGGAUGUGGAAAAAUCAAUUAAAAAAAGAGAACUUUUUAGGGGUUUUGGGUGGGUUCUGUCACCGUCGUAUCUGUCAUUACAUGCACAUGGCGCCGAUCUGCAUGCCUACGGAUGGUUGCACAAAGUUUGAUUUCUUGAUCUUUUAAAAAGAACGUUGCUUGCAAAAUGCAACCCACCUGUUACACCACAGUCUGUACUGCCUGAGAAAAGUUGCACCCAUUCUUUAAGUUUGUAUAAUUGUGAGAAGUCCGUACUUUUAUACAGUUGGAAAUAAACACACACAAAAAAAUCCUCCACUGAAAGAUGUACAGUUGGAAAAAAAAGAAAAGCAUUUUGUACACCUUUGUUGAUGUUUGAGAUAAGAUUAACAAAAGAUGAAAACAUUGAGGAAUGUUCCAUUGUUCCUGUACAUUGUACCUCUAUUUAUUUGCCUUAUUUAGUUUGGUAUAUUUUGUAUGUACACACAGCAUUACAGCAAAAUGUUAUAUUAAAAAUAUGAAUAAUU